AUGCUCCUAACAGCCUUCCUUCCAGCGGCCAUACUUCUUGCAGCUUUUCCCUCGGGCCUUCUGGCAAAAUCGUUCGAAACUGAGCAGAAAUGCGAUAAAUAUUUCAGCUUCGUCAGGAGUCCAGCCGGCGUCGAAAGUGCCGAAUGCCAUUUCAAUCAGACCAUCACCGGCCAUCCUUUCGUCAAGCGGUUCCGCUGUAACCUCAAAGACUGCCACAUGGAUAAAACUUCAAAACGUUUGCAAGUAGAUCCCGGAACCCCAAUUACCUACGCGGUGGCCGCCGGGGAAAUCAAAACUUAUGAUGACAGCAACCCCCUCAAUACCUUCCUUGUUGAUGUCAGAAAGUAUGGCACUCAGACGUGGUACUUGUGUACAAAGGCGAUAAUAUCCUGUGGAGGAUGUACUCCUUGGGUUGACUCGGCGUCUUAA